AUGGAUUCCAGAUGCAUGAACUUGUCAGCGCUGGGAAGACCCCUGUAUCCAGGCAUGCUGUAUGACUGCCGCACAGACUCCUUUAUUCCAGGCGUUACUUUAUCGGACAAGAAAGCAUUGCAUGAUCUUGAUGUUCAUGACCAGACUAAAACAUUUGUCAAGCUUGCUGCAUCUGAUAGUCUCAGUGAUAAGGCCAAUCUCCUUGAUGUCAGUGCUUCACUCAAAGCAAGUUUGUUUUGUGGGUUGGUGGAGGUUGGAGGAUCAGCCGAAUUUAUGCAAGAUACCAAAUCCUCAGCACAUCAGUGCAGAGUAACUAUGCAGUACAGCCAGACAACAAAAUUUGAACAACUUACUAUGAAGGAGCUUGGCAAUAUCACCUAUCCACAAGUAUUUGACCGGAAAACAGCCACUUAUGUAGUUACAGCUGUACUUUAUGGAGCUCAGGCUUUUAUGGUGUUUGAUUAUGCAAGUACGGAACAUGAGAGCAAACAGGAUAUUGAAGGAAACCUUCAUGCAGUGGUCAAGAAGAUCCCUACAAUUUCCAUAGAGGGGGAAGCAUCACUAAAGAUGACUUAAGAGGAAAAGAUUCUGGCUGAGAACAUAAGUGUCACAUUUUACGGUGACUAUAAACUCAACAAAAAUCCCACCACAUACAUGGAAGCCCUGGAAGUGUACAAAACAUUGCCAAAUCUAAUGGAGGAAGGAAAGAAUGAUGGUGUACCACUGACUGUGUGGCUGUAUCCUCUUACACUUUUAGAUGAUAAGGCUGCCAAAUUGGUAAGAGAAAUCAACUUUAGCCUGGUAGAAAAAACUGAAAAACUGCUGGAGGAGCUAGAAGAAGUAGACAAACAGUGCAAUGAUUUAAACCAAAAUCAAACAAUGGACAAAUUUCCUGAUGUUAAAGUCAGAUUGGUACAGUUCCAGCACUUGCACAGUAAUUAUAAGAUAGCAUUCCAGAAUGCACUGUCGAGAAUUUCGCCAGCUAUUCAGAGUGGGGCAAAAGAGGAAAAGUCAGUGGAGGACAUCCUGAACACCCAUGACAAAUCACCCUUCACCGCUAACAACAUGAACAGAUGGUUAGAUGAUAUGACCACUGAAUUAAAUAUAUUGAGUUCAUAUACCAGAAGACUGAAGGACCUGCCGGUUAUGAAAUCUCCAGGGUCACUCAAGUCUAUCCUCUUGGAUCCUGAUGUUGAUGUGGUGGUAUGCUUGUCUUUUACAUCUCUCAAGUAUAAAGACUCCUAUCUAGUGGCUACUAAAGACUUCAUUUACUCUGAAGAGUUUAAAAACUUUGAGAAAACAAGUGUGAAAGAUUUCUGUUUUCAAGUAACACAGCCUUGGUUCACUUCUCCUGACAUCGCUGAGAAAAUGAGACAGAAUCUGUCUCUCUUUACAAGUUUUUUAAAGGCCAAUACAAAUGAUUAUAGAAUGAAGUUCAUCAUUGGUUCUAUCUCUGACCCCAUCCAAGAAGCUGGACAAUACUGUGUCCAACACAGAGCUGUUAGUGAUGUGGGAGUGAGUGAAGCCAGUGACUCUGUUGCCUUUACUUUUCAUGGAAAUCCUGAUGUGGAAGUGAGUGACGCCAGUGACAGUUUCACAGUCGGCCAGUGGCAUGGCAUUGUUAAGGCCAGGACAUUCCCUGAUGCACCCAUUGCUCUGGAAUAA